AUGUCGUCGACACGUCGCAGGCGAGUGGGUGCAAGGGAAAAGGCCGCGGGCCUUUCGGGGCUCACAAAGUUCACCGUGCAGCGGCUCCCGAUGUUUGCGGAUCCGGAUUUGGUUGCUGGGCUUCCGGACUGCUGCGCCCUGAAAAUGGAAACCUCCUUCGCGGGCUUCUUCGAGGAGUACAUGCGACGAAAAUUCCAGCUACAGUUUAAUCACGAUGUGCUGCUCAACUACAUCACAGAGACUAUGGACGACCAGUGGUCGGGUUACGGUGAGAUUCCCCGGACCUUCCUCCUUGGGCCUUACGUCCAGGCUUUCCUGGUGCAAGACCGAUUCUUCGAGGGCCAGUACGACGAGAUGAUCGAUGCUAUGCGUAUGUACAACUUGCCGGUCAACGAUGUCCUUGUGGAUGGUGACGAAGACAUCAUGGCAGACGCGAAGGAUGUCAGCUUCGACCAUGCCAGGAUGUACGACGACCCGACGAUGAUCCUCAAGAAGCACGGUGGCUGGGCCCUGGGCAAGACGGCCCCGCUGCUGACAAAGAAGGACCAGCUGGUGAUGCGGCUCACAGGAUGCACACUCGAUCAGCUGCUGGCCGGACGAGAUGUGCCUGACUCCCCGCGCUCGAAGGCCAAUGCAGCGCUGGAGGAGCAACAUAGCUUCGCGGUUGAAGAGCAGAAGCCACCGGAGGAAGACGGCCAAGAGGACUCGGGGUCGGAUGCUAAGGAGGACAGCGAGGAGAGUGGCUCCCAUGCCUCCGACUACAAGAUUGAUCCGGAGCAUCCCAAGAUCGUUCCCUUCGGCCUGUCUCUCUCUGAGGCUUACCUCCUGCUCAGGGGCUUGCUGAUCAGCGCGAACUCGCACAGACAGGACUGGGAGCAUUCCGUGGUUGGCCAACGCGUCUGCAAGUACUACGGCGAUGGUCAUAUUCUCUGCAGCGCCGUCCUGUGCGACCUCUACAUGCGCGACCAGAUUGAUGUCCACCACUGGACGCUUCAAGAAGGAAGCGUUGCUGUACCCUAUGAUGUCCAGACCCGCAAAGGUCUUUCUGCAAUGGAUCACUUCCUAGAUCACUAUGUGCCCUAUACCGAUUCCAUGUUUCGGGACAUGCGGAUGCCGGCCCUCCUCGGCGAAGCCCCGAUCUGGGACAGCUUGGAGAAGAAGGGCUUCAUUGACAACCACCGGCCCUCGGCAGAGCGGAAAUGGGGGAUCAGUCGUCGCCCUGUGGACGUGUGGGAUCUCGUCCGACGCGACGUGCUCCUGGAUCUCCGUGAAGGUUACAUCACGGCGGCGCGUCUGCUCUACGACAAGAGCUUCACGGAUCCGACAGAGGAGGAUCCCAACGACAUCCUCAUGUUCUGCUACCUCCUCCAGUACUUGUUUGAUGUCAGCGUUGAAGCACUCAACGGAUUUGCUCGUGUCAUGCAGAAGCUGUGCCCACCUUUUCAGAAGGGAGAGCUCUUCCCGCCCUUGAAUGGCGUGCAUGCCGGCGCCGUUUGCAUCGGACUCAUCGACCGGGCAUCGCGGCUGGCGCGUGGCAAGGAUACCCAACUCGCAUUUGAGGCAGCGGAGUUCAACGAGGUGGUGAUGCAGCGACUUGAGGAGAAGUUCUUCCUGUCGCCAAAGAUUUUCGAGGCCAUGGACCAAGAUAACAGCGGCGAGCUGACCAGGACGGAGUUCGUGGAGGGGAUGCGUAACAUCGACAUGUACAAGGAGUUUAGACAUGAGCGCGUGCCGGAAGAUGUGCUUCGAAUGAUUGUCGCCGACUUGGCAGAGCGGCUUUUCGCAGAGGUGGACGUCAAUGGUGAUGGCACGCUGACAGUGGAGGAGAUCGGCGUGGCCAUCCGACGGAGAAGAACAGAGGCCUUGAGACGGCAACAGAAGCAGCAAUGGUUUCGAAAGCAACUCUCCUCCAUUCAGCAGACGGUGGGCAUGCAGAAAGAGGGUGGCAACAAGGCCCACGAAGAAGCGGUGAAGGAGGCCAAGCACGAGGAACUUCAGGCUCGCUCCAAGGAGAUGAAACGCCGCCUCGAAUGGCAGGCUGAGGUGGAGAAGAUCCAUCUUCCCGAUGCUUCCGUGGACCUGGAUGUUGGUGUGUCUGUCAGCCUGGCCUGA